CUCUCUCUCUCUCUCUCUCUCUAGACAAGCCAAAGCUGCACAAAAACAUUCAUCAAUGGACAGACUACCCAAAUGUGAUGCAAAUUUUGUGCCUCUUACUCCUAUUACUUUCUUGAAGAGAGCCUCUAUGGUUUACUCCAACCGUACCUCGGUAAUUUAUGCUGGAGUCCGCUUCACAUGGCAGCAAACUUACGACCGCUGCUGUCGUAUCGCUUCCUCUCUCCGAUCACUAAACAUUGUCAAGAAUGAUGUGGUGUCAGUGUUGGCUCCAAACAUUCCUGCAAUGUAUGAGAUGCAUUUUGCAGUGCCUAUGGCAGGGGCUGUGCUUAACACCAUCAACUCCCGUCUAGAUGCUAAAAACAUAGCCACCAUUCUCAGGCACUCAGAAGCCAAGGUCUUCUUCAUCGAUUACGAAUACGUGCCAUUAGCCCGCGAGGCCCUCAGGUUGGUCAUGGCGGACUUGCAGGGGUCAGGUGCUCCCGAAUCAAUGAUGCCCUUAGUCAUUGUAAUCGACGACGUGGACUCGCCCACCGGUGUCCGUCUAGGCGAGUUGGAGUACGAGCAACUAGUCCACAACGGCAAUCCAGGGUGCAUCCUGGAGGAGGUCACCGAUGAGUGGGACCCAAUUGCAUUGAAUUACACUUCUGGGACUACUUCAGCACCAAAGGGAGUUGUGUACAGCCAUAGAGGUGCCUAUUUGAGCACUCUAAGCCUAAUUUCUGGUUGGGAAAUGGGGACUGAGCCUGUGUACCUAUGGUCACUCCCCAUGUUCCAUUGUAAUGGUUGGACUUUCACAUGGGGCAUUGCUGCUCGAGGUGGAACCAACGUGUGCAUACGCAACACUACAGCACUAGAAAUGUACACCAGCAUAGCUAAACACGACGUGACACAUUUGUGUUGUGCUCCUAUAGUCUUCAACAUCCUCCUCGAGGCCAAGCCACACGAGCGCCGUGAAAUCAAAAAACCUGUACAAAUACUCACUGGAGGGGCACCACCGCCGGCACCACUGCUUGAAAAGAUCGAGAAGCUCGGAUUUCACAUCGUGCACGCCUACGGCCUCACCGAGGCCACCGGUCCUGCACUCGUUUGCGAGUGGCAGGCCAAGUGGAACCAGCUUCCCCAGCGCGACCAGGCCAAACUCAAGGCCAGGCAAGGGAUCAGCAUAUUAACUCUGGCUGAUGUUGAUGUCAAGAAGUUGGAAACAAUGCAGAGUGUGGCCCGAGAUGGUAAAGAAAUGGGUGAAAUUAUGCUGCGAGGUAGUAGCAUCAUGAAAGGGUACUUCAAGGACAAAAAGGCCACAGCGGAGGCAUUUCAUAACGGAUGGUUCCUCACCGGCGACGUCGGUGUUAUACAUCCAGAUGGGUAUGUAGAAAUCAAGGACAGGUCUAAAGAUGUCAUCAUCUCCGGUGGGGAAAACAUCAGCAGUGUAGAGGUCGAAUCUGUUUUAUAUAGCCACCCGAGUGUGCUCGAGGCCUCGGUGGUGGCAAUGCCUCAUCCACGGUGGGGGGAGAGUCCUUGCGCCUUUGUUGUGAAAAACAAAUCAAUGGGUGACAACUGCGGCGAGUCCGAUAUCAUUGCGCAUUGCCGGAAAAACCUUCCGGGCUUCAUGGUGCCGAAGAGGGUUCAGUUCUUGGAUGAGUUGCCAAAGACUUCAACUGGUAAAAUUCAGAAAUUUCAGUUGAGAGCUUUGGCCAAGACUUUUGUCAUCUCAGAAAAUCAAGCCACCAAGAAAUCCAACCAAACCAACAGGGAAAAUCAAAAACCUCGGUACAAUAAUGAUCAACCACAUGAGCAGAUUCUUGCUUUGUCUCGUCUUUGAAAUUUAGAUUCUUAUGUGACACUUUCAUUACUUAUAAUAAAGACAUGUAUAUGUAUAUAUAUAGAGAGAGAGAGAAAGAGAUAGAAUGUAUUAAAAUGAUGGAUUUUUUUAUCCAUCUAGCAUUAUUCUUAAGUGUUUUCUGUUACCAAGAGCUUGCUUUCAAUCAUGAUCAAUGAUAAUUUAUGAUUUGC